AUGGCGCGAGCCACUCGUCUCCUUGCUUUCAUGAGCAUCCUCAGGGGUCUUACUGCUGCCGCUCGGUCCAACAACACGGCCAGCAGUGUCAAGGUCGGCUGGAUUGGCGACUCUCCAGCCCAGCAUCUCGGUACGACCUUUGGCUUGCCCUGGCCACAAGGGAAAUACCAGCCCGAUGAGGUCGACUUUGACGUCGCAGACGGACAGACUCCUCUUGAGUCGUGGGUGACGGGCUACUGGCGCGACGGUUCCAUCAAGUGGUCAGCGCAUGCAAUCCCAAAGACUAAUGACGUCACCGACGGAUACACCAUCGAGGCCACGCCCAUUGUCAAAGGCAAGCCCAAAGGCAAGCCCAAAGGCAAGCCCAAAGGCAAGCGCCAGACGAUCAGCCUGUCGGUGGAGGACGGCAAGAGUGAGGUAACAGUCAACACGGGCAAACUCACCAUCUCAUUCCCCAAGGAGGGCCGCUACAUUGUCAGCUCCAUCAAGACCGCCGGGGGCAAGACCGUCGGAAAAGACGGCAGGUUGGUGCUCCACAGCCAGAACAACAUCCCAGACACGGCCGAUGACCGCACCGACAAGGCCAUUGACCGUUCCAACUUCGAGAGCAACAUCGAGGAGGUGACAGUCAGCGAGGGCAACUCGGUUCGUGCCCUCGUCACGGUCCGCGGCAAGCACACGACCACAGAGGGCUCCGAUCACGAGGACUGGCUGCCAUUCGUCGUGCGCUUCUACCUCUACGCCGGCUCCGAGGCCAUUCGACUGGUGCACAGCAUCACCUUUGACGGCCAGCAUGACAAGGACUUCAUCUCGGGCCUGGGUAUCCGCUUCCAGGUCCCACUUGAGGGAGAGGAGCUGUACAACCGUCACAUCCGCCUGGCUGGCACCGACGGUGGCUUUCUGAACGAGGCCGUCAAAGGCAUCACUGGUCUCCGUCGCGACCCUGGCGAGGCCGUCAGGACCGCCCAGGUGCAGGGCAAGGCGCUUCCCGACGAGUCGACCUGGGACACGCGAGUCACGACUCGUCUGCACUGGAUCCCCGUGUGGAAUGACUACAGCCUCAGCCAGCUCUCCCCCGAUGGUUUCACCCUAAAGAAGAGGACGAAACCAGGGCAGAGCUGGGUCAACUUCGCGGGCGGCACCCGAUCCGGUGGAUUGGCCUACCUGGGUGGUGCAACUCGGGGCGGCCUAGCUGUCGCUCAGCGGGACUUCUGGAAGCGCUACCCCACGGGUCUCGACAUUGCUAAUGCCGGGUCCGACGAGGGCCAGAUCACCCUCUGGCUGUACAGCCCAGACGCCGCUCCGCUUGACCUUCGGGGUUAUCACGACGGUCUGGGCCAGGAUACAUACGAAAAGCAGCUCGACGCCCUCGAGAUCACAUACGAAGACUACGAGGAAAACUUCGACACGCCGUACGGCAUUGCCCGAACCAACGAGGUGUUCCUGUAUGCCUUCGAGAGCACUCCGUCCAGCGACACGUUGGCCGAGUUGAACGCCAACGCCCAGGAGCCCCCCGUGCUAGUCGCCGCGCCCGAAUACAUCAAGGAGACCAAGGCGCUGGGAUCGUACUGGGGCCUCCCCGACACGUCGACCCCAGCCAAGGCCAAGAUCGAGAGCAACCUCGACUUCCUCGUGAAGCACUACCAGAAAGAGGUCGAGGCCCGCCGCUGGUACGGAUUCCUCGACCACGGCGACGUGAUGCAUACGUACGACCCCAGCCGGCACCAGUGGCGCUACGACAUCGGCGGGUACGCCUGGGACAACUCGGAGCUGUCGCCGGACCUGUUCCUCUGGCAGUACUUCCUCCGCACCGGCCGCGCCGACGUCUACCGCUUGGCCGAGGCCAUGACGCGCCACACAGGCGAGGUCGACUCGUACCACCUCGGCGACUGGAAGGGGCUGGGGACGCGGCACGGCGUGACGCACUGGGCUGACAGCGCGAAGCAGGCGCGCAUCUCGCAGCCGCAGUACCGCAAGUACUUCUUCUACCUCUCGGGCGGCGAUGAGCGGACGGGCGAGUUGCUCGAGCACACGCUGGACGCGGACAAGACGUACGGGAUCCUCGACCCAGUCCGCAAGGUGCGCACCGACGGCUGGAGGCCCUUCCCCGGCGCGCCCGUCGCGUUCGGCCUGGGCACCGACUGGGCCGCGCUGGCGGCGGGCUGGCUCAUCGAAAAACUCACCAACACGGCCGCGGGCAUCGCGCAGCUCAAGAACGGCUUCGUCACGGGGUCGGGCUCGUACCUGAUCGAGAAGAACGGCACGCUCCGGCCGCCACCGACCGACCCGGACAACGAUGGCGUGGUGGCCAUCUCGCACCUCAACGCCGUCUUCGGCAUGCCCGAGGUCAUCUCGGAGCUGCUCGAAUACUGGGGGGACGACGGCGCGCCGCGGGGGUUUCGCGAGGCGUGGCUCGACUACGCCUACUACUACCUGGCGACGGCGGACGAGCAGCGGGCGCGGUACGGCGCGAGCUUCAGCGGCGUCAGCCUGCGGCAGGCGCACUCGCGGCUGUCGGCGUACUACGCGGCGGUGCAGGGCAACGCGACGGUCGCGGCGCGGGCGUGGGCCGACUUCGGCCGCAGUGACGGGCUCAAGGACACGCAGGAAUUCGCGGCGGUGCGGGUGGGGGGGAGCGCCGUGGUUCAUCCUGUCGAGGAGGCGGCUUGGCUGAGCACGAACGACUUUGCGCAGUAUGGUUUGGCGAGUAUCCAGAACUUGGCGUAUGCCGGAGACAGUAUUUGA